GGACGACGUGCCCACUUACACUUGGUAUAGCCUGAAAGCUCUGAAACAGCACAGUGAAGUUUGAUACUGAGCAAGAUGCAGAGCCCCAUGGUUCCUCUGAACGCUCCUCUAGGUGAUGGAGGAGGAGCAAGGACAGUCGUUGUGUCCAUGCCAGAGCAUCCACCUGAUUAUGCAGCUUGGUCUGUUUGUUCCAUGUCCUAUGGUAACCCAUGCUGUCUGGGCCUGAUCGCCUUGAUUUUCUCCAUGAAGUCAAGAGACCAGAAAAUGGUGGGAAACAUGACUACAGCGAAGAAUUAUGGCUCCACAGCAUGUUGUCUCAACGGCUUUGCUCUCGGGCUUUCCAUCGUUUAUGUCAUCAUCAUCAUAGUGAUUGUUUUCACUUAUAGUGUAUAACAACAGAGAAUUACGUGCUGUUAAAGUCAAUUUGCAGAAAACAAAAUACUCAUAUAUUUCUAAAUGUAGGAACAAAAUAUUGUCACCAAUGAAUUUAUUGACUACUGUUGUUUAUUUAAUUAUGUUAAAACACAUUUAAAUUGUAUGAACUGUAAUAUCAGGAAAUACUGUUCCUAGACACAGUGAAAUAAACUGCAGUGUCCA